UGCCCAGCCCGAAAAUGUGUAGGUACGAAAAUUCAGAACCUCCGCUGGUCCGUGAUAAGAAGACGCAGGAAGUUUGUCUAGAAUAGGGGGUUAUAAAUUCGGACCUGACACCUCGACCGAAGAAGGGAGCGACGUUCCAGAGAGCCGACCUAUUAUCCGUGGAAAGGGUUUGAGACCUUCAUGGUGCUGUGUUUGAAUGCCUGUGUCUUUGACUGGACAAAGGAGUUUGUGCCGGGUAGGAUAUGAUAUGUUGAGUGCCGGCAUAUACAGGGUGGGCAGCCGGUGAUGGUUAAUGGACACAUUAGGUUACGGAACACUGUAAUAGCGUUUGAGAUGGCGUUGGGUGCUUUUUGCAAUGUGACGGAGCACCUGUGUCGGCCAGUACUCGAGUACAGUACUCAUAGACUUCUUGAGCCCGGCGAGCGAAUGUCGAAGCCCGAUUACCAAAUAUGAGAGAACCUGGGGAUAAAGUGCAAUUGAUGCGGUGUUCGUUUUGAAAGACCCCCCAUCAAGAGCUAUUAAUCAGACCAUGGCGAAUUACGGGGACCACGAUACACUAGCAAGAGACCAUAAGAAUGGAGCGAAUUAACUGUUAGGAGGAUAAAGAUCGGACAUACUCAUAGCAAUACUCGCACCGUUUCAACAAUUCAUCUCACCAAAGCAAUCUUUCACAAACCCCAACCAGCCGAAUGACAUCCUGUCGUAUUUUCCGGUGUAUGAUACUGUAUCGGUGGUCCGUUUGCGGAGCACCUUCCCCCAAAGAAUCAGGAAACCUUGGGCCGCCAGGUAUGAGCAUGAUACCGUAGAAUCAACCUUCGCCAAGCCAAUGACACUGCUUAGUCAUCUAACGAAGGUUGUGACUGCUCCCAACUCCACAACACACUUCCACGCACCGCCAUCAAUUAUAUUCCCAAAAAUAAUCCCAAAACCAAACCCACCUACUGACAAACACACCCAACAAUCACGACAACACCAUGCCGGUACGUACAAAACGAAAUCCCCUCCCAUUCUUAACUCCCUAAGGCCCGAGGCAAUGAUUGAUCUCUACGGUUCUCAAUUUUUCCAGGACUGACGAGAGAAACGGUGUUCCGCAGACCAGAUUGACGAAAACCAGAAAGCACCGCGGCCACGUAAGUGCCGGCCACGGUCGUGUAGGGAAGCACAGAAAACGUAAACUACCUCCCUUCCUUUCCCUCCUAAAUCUCAAUCAUCGCCCGAGGAAAGGGAAGAAAUCCCGAACUAACGAUAGUACCUGAGAAACACAGAUCCCGGUGGUCGCGGUAUGGCUGGUGGCCAGCACCACCACCGCACUAAUCUUGACAAGUACCAUCCGGGGUACUUCGGCAAAGUCGGUAUGAGGUACUUCCACAAGCAGCGCAACCAUUUCUGGAACCCUGUUAUCAACCUUGAUAAAGUAUGCCCUCUUCCUCCCCCCCGCUAUUCACCUCCCGCCGCUCUCCCUAAGCCCGCUAAUCUAAUGUCUUUCUCGCUUUUUUUUUUUUUAAAAAAAAAAGCUGUGGUCCCUCGUCCCCGCCGAAUCCCGCAGCAAAUACCUCUCGGCAAAGUCUGAUACCGCCCCCGUCAUUGACUUGCUCGCGCUGGGAUAUUCAAAGAUUCUCGGUAAGGGUCGCCUCCCAGAGGUCCCUAUAAUCGUCAAGACGAGAUAUGUCUCUGCGCUUGCGGAGAAGAAGAUCAAGGGGGCUGGUGGCAUUGUUGAGCUUGUUGGGUAAAAAAAAUAAUUAAAAAUUCAAUAUCAACUUUCUUUGCUGCCCCCCCCUUCCUUCUAUUAUUUCUCGGGGUUAUUUUCUAUUUUAAACUUGUGUGGUGCAACAUCUUUUUUUUUUCCCUAACGAUAAAUGUGAAACAAUGGUUUCUGGGUCGUCAUGUUUGGUUUUGUUGGGCUGAUGGUGGUAGCGCGCGAGGAUGUGACAUGAGGUGAUACGACGUGAAAUACGGAGGGGCGGGGGGGACAGAGUAAGGAUGGAUAGUGGUGGCCAAAUUUCUGGGGGACACAAUACUCGAGUAUCUUGGAGCGGACUCAGAAAGCAACAUCAUGGACUUAAACAUCAACGUCAAUUUCCGAACCCUUCAACACCAAAAAAAAGACAUCCCACCACAUAUAUAACCAACGCCAACGAGAAAAUACCAACCUUUCUAUUCAGUGUCCCCCAUUCAUCCAAAGAAAAUAAAAAAUGUGUAUGGCACGACAUCUAUUAAACCUGUGAUACAGCCA